AUGAAUCUAUUCAAACAUCUAUAUUUUAAACAGCAAAAAGAUAUUGGAAUGACAGAAUCUCUUGUGGACAACGAACAGUUUCCCCGCAAUGACAUCGACAUAAUUACUGUUCGUAAUGCCAGACAAAAAAUCAUUUGCUUACAAAAUGAUCACAAGGCAAUAAUGAAGGAGAUUGAAACUCAGCUGCACAAGUUACACCAUCAAUCAACAAAAACUAGCCACAGCAUCGUAACUGAUUUGAAACAGCUAGGUGUGGUUGAUGAUGAAAAAAAUAAAAAUUGCUCGACACCUUUUGCAUCCGUUGGAAAAGUUGAAGCUGGUUCUCCGGCUGAUGUGGCCGGUUUGAAAUCUGGUGAUCUCUUACUCCAGUUUGGAUCGCUCAAUGUUAAAAAUUUCCGUAACUUACAGGAUUUUGCAAAAAUUGUUCAACACAACAAAGGGCAAUCACUGCAUUUUGUGGUUUCAAGAAAUUACCAACCAUUACGAUUGUGUGUAAAACCAAGUGAGUGGCAUGGACCAGGACUCUUAGGGUGUAAUAUCCUUCCAUUAAAGAACUGA